AUGAGCCUUUCCCCCGGCGUUGGUGCAUAUGUGCAGGAAGCAGCCAACGGGGUGGACACGCCGGAGUCCCCGGAGACCAGCGGUCAGGGGUCCCCCCUGGGCCUCCUGUCUCCCUCCUUGCAGCCUCUGAAAUGUGGGGAGAUAGCUCCUCGCCAGGGGCCCGAGCUGGCUGUGGGGUCACCUGUGGAGGAGGUGAACUGUGGGGAGCAGCCUUCGGGAGAGGGACACGCAAAUGCCUCCCAGGCCUGCGUCUCAGACACGCCCUGUGUAGACACGCCCCAGGAGGAGGAAGAGGACAAACAGGAACAGGAGGAGCAGGACGAGAGUCAGGAGGAUACUGAAGGCACACCUGAGCUUUCUACAGACUCCCCCACUGUGUCCGGCCCCCCUAACGGGAGCCUGCUGCCUCUGAAAGCGUCUGUUCCGAGCGAGGAGGAGGCAGAGGAGGAGGAGGAGGAGGAGGAAGAGCAGGAGGAGGAAGGCUCCCUGGGCCCGUCCCGGUGCCAGGACCCGCCCUGCCCCCCCCACGUGAUGGCGCAGGUGCACGUGCGCAACGCCCCGGAGAGGGAGAGGAUCGCCCGGGGGAUGCAGGACAGUAAGAGCCUGGACGAGAUCAGCCAGGUGUGCGGGGGCGUGCGGGGGAGGGGGGGGCAGGCCGAGGGCCGCAGGGCCACCAUCUCCAGCGCCCUUGAACUGGAGGGGACCGUCAGCCACGACGGGGAGCUCACUCACUUCAUCACCAAGAACCUGGAGCACAAGAUCCGCAUGAGCUCCAGACCAAGCCUGGACUCUGACUCGGAAUACUCGGGGCGGGGUCGGGGGUCCCUGCGGCGGCCGGCGGACAUCCCGCCCAUCGACCCCGGCGUGCUGCUGGACCUGCAGCGGCACACGCAGGACGUGGCCCAGAGCGUGGAGCUGAUGAUGCGCAGCCUCAACGGAACCAUCCAGAACAUGACAGCCCUGAGCGUUGGAUACAUCCAGACCUACAGGGACUCGGUGGACAGCCUGGGGGAGGCGGUGGACAUGAGUAUAAAGGGAAUGUACACGCUGAUGGCCCGCUGUGAGGAGCUGGACCGCUCCAUGCAGCCCAUCCACGCCCUGGCCCAGCAGAUCCGAGACAUCAAGCGCACACUGGACGCCCUGGAGACACUCUGCAAGUAGCCCCCCCCUCCCCCCCCCUGCUGCGACUGCACUGUCCCGCCCCCAGCCAUGCCCGAGAGCAACCAUUUCCUGCCUCUACACUCCUGCCGUCCACCAACGCCCCCCUGCCCAGACUGCACCUCCGUAACCGCGAGGCGGGGGUGGGGGGCUGUGUUUAUGUGUGUGUGUGUGAGUAUACGCAUGUGUGAAUGUGUGUAGGGUCGCUCUCUGCCAGGGAGGUCCUCAGUGCGUACGUAGGCAGCCGGUCUCAGUGACGUGCAGCGCUUCACUUCCUGUGGCAGGGCUGUCGGAUGAUGAGGAGCCGAGACAGGCUGGAUCAGAAACACGGCUCUGUGUCAUGCCCGGAAGCGUGUUUCCCCAAUGUGUGUCCCUCGGGUGUCUGUCUCCCCGAACGCCGCCGUGCUGGGGCGCAGACACUCUCCACACUUGACGUGCCAAUUAGAGCUCAGGUGUGUUGCCGCGGUGACAGAUUCGGGGGGCGCGUUCCCCUGUAACCCGCGCGUUGCCGUGGUGACAGACGCAGGGGCGAGUCCCCGCGUGACCUCUGCGCGUUGCCACGGUAACACCGUCAGGGCGUGUCCAUCUCUUUUGUGUGUGCGUGCGUGCGUACCUGUGUGUGCAUGUGUUAAGUGUGCCAUCUGCUUGAAUGGACCAUGCUGGUGUUCCCCCGGGAUUUGGAGGUGACUGCCCUCUCAGCCGAGGCUCUGUGUGGAUCAUCCUGUAGGGAGCAGCUGUGUGACAGUCAGCUGGGAGAUUCAGGAUCAGUGAGGAGGCAAAGGGCAAGGGGCUCUCUGUAAGACUGCACUCACUGUCCCUGUACAAUCAACGCUCUUUCUGUAAAUACGCUCCCUUUC